AUGAGACUACUUCUACAGAUCACCACGCGGAAGGCCUUAUUAGCCUUGAUGCUGGCUUUCGUCGCAGUCGUCAUCAUUCAUCAAAUCAGCUACACAAGCGACCUAAGACUUUCCAGCCGGUCAUUGAGAUUGAUCGACCAGUGCUACUCACCAAAUCCUAUCCAACAUCAGGAUUCCGACACCAUCGACAGUACAAAUGUACCAAAUCUCAUCCACCAGAUCCGGAAGACGACAGAUGUGAGCUCAUAUCCCGCAGCAGCGUCACAUCAGGCGUGGAAGACAACGUUCGAGCCCCUGAACUACACGGUCAAGCUGUGGACAGACGACGACGUUCUCGCACUCAUCAAAGCCCGCUACACAUGGCUUCUAUCGACCUACGAGGGCUACGGCCAGGACAUCCAGCGAGCCGACGUGGCCAGACUGGUGGUGGUCCACGCAGAAGGGGGCAUCUAUGCCGACCUGGAUGUACAUCCGAGAUCGGUCGAUGCGAUUCGUUGUUUGCAACAGUCAAACAUGACGGAAGUGUUCGCUCCUACAGCAGGAACGCUAAGCCUGAGCAAUCACUUCUUCAUGGCUAGGAAGGGGUCGCAAUUUCUCCAAUGGACCCUCCAGGAAGCCAAGCGACGAGGCGGCCCCGUAUCGAGCCGCAUCUUGCUGCCUUAUCUCCGUGUCUUUUGGUCAACGGGGCCGAUCAUGGUGACAUCGGCCCUCAAGCAGUACGCUUGGAUGUAUGAUCCCGCCACCAAUGGGUUGGCGCUGAUGGAGGAGAGGUACUCAAGGAUGGUGAUUGGGCAUGGUGCUGGCAGGUCGUGGCACGGCUCGGAUGGGCGAGCGCUGAACUAUUUUGCAGAUCAUUUAUUGAUCAAUGAUCACGACGGCAAGCCUUUGUUGCCACCGUCAGUCGUUUGCGACGAGCCCGAGAAGUUCGUGGUUAAAGACAGGGCCCGAAAUGAUUAUGCGGUUACUGGGCUCUUCCGUGUGGGAUGCCACGCGCAACCGGUGGAAGGGUGGACAACCAGGGCGGGGCCCGAGCUGACGACGUUACGCCACUGCGACUCGUGGCAACUGCUCCGGAAUCUGUUUAUCCAGGAUGGACAGGUGAUGCUGGUGACGGACCGGGAUAAGAUGAAGUCGAUCCGUGGUCAGGGUCACAAGGUAGCGCGCUUUCUACCGGACACGAUGGGGCGGAUGAUGGUGACGUACGUGUUGGAGUUCAUGUGGCGCGAUGGCGAUUCACGGGCGUGGGACACCACCCGGCUGAGUGCCGUCAUGGCUCGGAUGCUGCAGGCCGAUAUUAGGGUUCGUAUCGGGGUGGCGCGGCCGAUUGCCAUUAAGAUAAGCCGACGGAUCCGGGGCUUUGCCAUGCACCAGAUGGAGUCGUGCAUCGUGGAGGAGGAUACCGGCGAAGACGACGUCGACAUCGACCCGCUGACGGGGGAACCAGUCGAGUGCGGCGGCAGCUGGAACAUCGUAUGGGAUCUCCAGGCGACGCACGGAUCCAAGGUGGCACGGCAGCACUAUGCGGUCCACAUCGGGACCCCGGGGAAUUUGCAGCCAGCGAUGAAUGCGACGUUCAGGGCGAUCAGCGGGCUAUGGCAUCAAUUUUUGCAAGACGAGGAGGGCCAGGACGGCGAGACGGGCACGAAACGCGCAGGCGACCCGGUUCCCGAGCUUUCUCCCAGUCAAGGCGCAAAGCGAGCCAAGACAACGACCGUGGUCGCACGUCCCGACUUGGAGGCCGCCAUAACCGCAGGACUCCGAAAGCUGCUCGGUUCCGAAGCAACGUGGCGAUCGGAGAAGCAGGCCGAGAACACCGGCACCAGCAUCGUCGUCGUCCCGUUUGAGGUGCUGAUGGAGGACUUGGUCGGACGGGUGACGGCGUUCGGUGUUGACUGUCUUCAGUAUGGGUCGGCGCUCAGCGCUGGUCGAGACGGGCCGCCCCGCGCCGCGCGACUUGUGGUCGUCAGUGCCGACUUGGUCGUGCAGCCGGUGAAGCCAGGGACGGUCGCCGCGCAGACGGUGGCGACCGUGCAGCGACUCAGUUACCGCAUGGUGGACCAGCAGAAAGGCGUCGUGUACUGUCGAUCGAAGGCGCAAUGCGAAGCGGCGGCCGAGGCCAUCGGAUGGCGUUUCACCACAGCGGGAUGGACACACAUGCACGGCGGCUCGGCUCGGUACGGGCAUCGAUAUUGA